UCCUGCUCUCACUCAAGCAACUGCAUUCACAGAGUGAACCACCGACACUGUGAGCGGAGACGCGCUGACACCGUGCGCUGUUUGCUCCCCGGGCGGCGCGCAGUUUUCGCCGGAGCCUGCUGCCCGCCUGCCUGCGCUGUCUGCCUGCGAAAAGUGAUGCUGUCAUAGCCCCCUGCGCCGCGGACGGAGAGCCCCUUUCCCCUCCCGCACCCCCCCCUCGGUUCUUCUCUGGCAGGCUGUCGCGGUGGCAGUGCGGAUGUGGAGCCCGCAACGCAACGCUUCUCACCCGUCGGCAAGCAUCGGAGAAGAAGAUGAAAUGUUUUUCCCGUUAUCUCCCGUACAUCUUCCGCCCUGCGAGCACCAUCCUGUCCUCCACUUGCCACACCGAAGCUGACAUUAUCUCAACGGUGGAGUUUAACUCAUCGGGGGAGCUGUUGGCCACCGGGGAUAAAGGAGGAAGAGUGGUUGUCUUCCAGAGGGAGCAGGAGAGUAAGAGCCAGCCCCAGCGUCGAGGGGAGUAUAAUGUUUACAGCACAUUCCAGAGCCACGAGCCGGAGUUUGACUACCUGAAGAGUUUGGAGAUUGAGGAGAAGAUCAACAAGAUCAAAUGGCUUCCUCAGCAGAACGCCGCCUACUUCCUGCUGUCCACCAAUGACAAGACGGUGAAGCUGUGGAAGAUCAGUGAGAGAGACAAGCGUCCGGAGGGCUACAACCUGAAGGAUGAGGACGGACGGAUCAGAGACCCGUCGACCAUCACCUCGCUACGGGUGCCGGUGCUGCAGCCCAUGGACUUGAUGGUAGAGGCUACAGCCAGGCGUGUAUUCAGCAAUGCCCACACCUACCACAUCAACUCCAUCUCUGUCAACUCUGACCUUCAGACAUUCAUCUCCACUGACGACCUCAGGGUGAACCUGUGGAACCUGGAGAUCACCGACCGCAGCUUCAACAUUGUUGACAUUAAACCGGCCAACAUGGAGGAGCUGACGGAAGUGAUCACCUCAGCAGAGUUUCAUCCCCAGCAGUGUCACACCUUUGCCUACAGCAGCAGCAAGGGCUCAAUACGCCUCUGUGACAUGAGACAGGCCGCACUCUGCGACAAGCACUGCAAAUACUUUGAGGAGCCAGAGGAUCCCUCCACUCGCUCCUUUUUCUCUGAAAUCAUCUCAUCCAUCUCAGAUGUGAAGUUCAGCCACAACGGGCGCUAUCUGAUGACAAGGGACUACCUCACUGUCAAGGUGUGGGACCUUCAAAUGGAGAACAAACCACUAGAGACGUACCAGGUUCACGAUUAUUUACGGGGCAAACUUUGUUCUCUGUAUGAGAAUGACUGCAUCUUUGACAAGUUUGAGUGUGUCUGGAAUGGAUCAGACAGUGUCAUAAUGACCGGCUCCUAUAACAAUUUCUUCCGGAUGUUUGACCGAAACACCAAACGUGACGUCACACUGGAAGCAUCCAGAGAAAACAGCAAACCCAGAGCCAUUCUCAAGCCUCGCAAGGUGUGUGUAGGUGGGAAACGGCGUAAGGAUGAGAUCAGUGUAGACAGCUUAGACUUCAGCAAGAAGAUCCUUCACACCACAUGGCACCCACAUGAGAACAUCAUCGCUGUAGCUGCCACCAACAACCUCUACAUCUUUCAAGACAAGGUCAACUAAAGGGGCAUCUGCCCCCUGCUGACCCUUGGCCCCCACACAUGUGAGGGUUGGAGAAGGAGAGAGAUGGAGCCCUCAUCUACAUCCUUCUCCUCCUCUCCCUGUGUCUUGUUGCUGCUGGUCUUGAAUUUUGCCGCUCGGCUGUGGAAGUGCAGAAUCGAGUAUCCAGUGACCGAAGUGGGAAAGUGGACCGUAUGAAUUUUGGGAAGCGGGAAACUGAUACAACCUGGAUACAACUUGAGGAAUAAAGAUUCCUUGAAAUCAAGAAUGGACUUUCAUUCUUCAAUUUGACUUCUAAUUUAAUUUAUUUAGCCACGCGGACACCUGAAGAAGAGAGUCUUUUGCAUUUAUGCAACAGGAGGAUUGCUGCAUGAAUAACGUGAUGUAGCAGCCCUCUGGACCCCGAAGAAAGGGGCUGAUGUGGGUGCACUCAACAUAAAAUAGAGCACAUGAGACAGAAACCGAGCUUACAUGGUGGUGGUGGUGGUUCACUGUCAUGUAGCAACAGUGCCCCCUCUCUUUCAGUCCAGUCAUGCUACGGUGCAUGUGAUCAAAGUUUCGGACAGUGCAACCUGCUGCAAAAUUCCUACACAAGAGGAAGAGACUGUUAAUCUCUGACCCCAGAAACUGAGAGUUGCUCUCUGCCUGUAACACAACACGGUCAGUCUUUCUAGCACCAAUUGCGCGUCUCCCUGCUGAGACUGCUGUAGUCUGUAAUGUGAAUGAAGCCCUUCCAGGCUGUGUCAAUGGUUUUAUUUAAUGCUGUUGUUUUAUUGCGUCCUUCUCUCGGUCAGUGAGUCUGUUUAGAAGCUGUGGUGCCUUCUUUUGGUAUGUCGGGGUUUGAUGUA